GGCGGCGGCGGCGGCGGCGGCGGCGGCGGCGGCGGCGGAGAAUGGAGACGGUGGUGUUUGUCUUCUCUCUCCUGGACUGUUGCGCGCUCAUCUUCCUCUCAGUGUACUUCAUAAUUACGUUGUCGGAUUUAGAAUGUGAUUACAUUAAUGCUAGAUCAUGUUGCUCGAAAUUGAACAAGUGGGUGAUUCCAGAAGUGGUUGGCCAUACCAUUAUCACUGUGUUAAUGCUCAUUUCAUUGCACUGGUUCAUCUUCCUUCUCAACUUGCCUGUUGCCACUUGGAAUAUAUAUCGGCUCAUUAUGGUGCCAAGUGGUAACAUGGGAGUGUUUGAUCCAACGGAAAUACACAAUCGAGGGCAGCUGAAGUCACACAUGAAAGAAGCCAUGAUCAAGCUUGGUUUCCACCUGCUCUGUUUCUUUAUGUAUCUUUAUAGCGUGAAGUCUAACUGAUGUCCUUUACGUCAGAGAAGUAAGAAGCAACGGAGCAACAUAAUCAAAGCCCGCCGUCUGUUUUCGAGGCAGUCACGUUGUGGGAUGUCCUAAGACGGGCUGGGUUAGGAAAGGAAACCGCUGUGUGUGUUUGGUGUGCCUGAGACUUGGGAAGUCAGCUUUACUGACAAGCUAGUAUUUUGUCACAGGUAGUUGUGAUGAAAAGUGUGUGCCAGGUAUAAUUAAUUACCUCCCAAAUGUAAUAAAGUUGUUCUAAUAUGUGGAAACAGGCCGAGAUAGAGAAGGUAAGUCUGAAAUUUUGUGCUUAUCAUCUAGAUUACUGCCACCUGAGUUUAUGUACUUUCAGCCAAAUAUACUAUUUUGCUAUGUAGUGUAACAGACUGAAACAUGCUUGGUGUAGUGAGACUACAGUUAACAAGCUGCUCAAAGAAUGGGCUAUUUCAGCUUUCUGAGCAUUUGUUAGUGAAGUCUUUUGGUUUUAAGCCAUACUUUUUGUGACGAUUCUAAAACGCAGUAGCCACAUUGUUUUGCACUGAAUAAAUACAGUCUGAGGACUGAGGGUCACUCAGAGCCUUAGGGUUAGCACUGGGGGCUGCAGCCAUCCUACUGAUCAUCACCCGCAGGACCGUAGGUGUUACAGGGAUUGUGCACGAGCCGAGCAGGUACUGAGCUCGAGUUGCUCUUUAGAAUAAAUUCCUUGGUAAAAGCUGUUUUUGUUUUCAGCUGCUUCCUCUGAAGCUGGGUGAGGAAGAGUGAGUGGGGAGGUGGUCAGAAUCAGCUGUGGCCUCCGAGGUUUGACUGUGGCUUCCUCUGUUGUGUGUUUGGCUUGCUAUAUCCGUUCUGGAGCAAUCUUGGUUUCAUCUGUUUUAGUUCCCAUUGAACGUUAGAGCCUAGUCAAAGUGUGAGUCAGUUUAACAAAUACUUCAACUGCUGUUCCCCAGCGGGGCACCUCGUGUGCAGGUAUCGCGGGGACCAGCGAGACCCUGAGUCACAGGCUACCGCACCGUCACUCUCCAGCCAGCCCUCUUACUCCUGGCUCACUUCUAAGCGCCCUGUUUUAUCACAGUCCCCACUUUGUUGUUCAUCUAGGGGACCUGAUCACGUCUUAUACCUGCUGUUCUAACUACCGUGUACUCUUUGGGCAAGAGGCUGGCACUUGAACAAAGGAGCUUGGAUCCUUUGUCUAUUUUCACAGCUCACUCCAUUCAAAUUGAUCAUCUCUGAAGGAGGAUAUAACGUGGAAUCAAGUUCUAGAUCCUGAUCUUAUCACUUGAUCUGAUCAGCAGCCCAUUUCACAGAUUGGAUGUAAACUGGGUGAGGGUUGAACCUGAUAACUCGAUGAAAGGCAACAAGUUUGGCUGCCACUGCAUCUGCUCUGUCGGAGACCUGUAGUCUUCUGGUGUAGCUCUCUAUAAAGAUACUUUUUGGAAGAGAAUAACAGGACUAAUCUGAGUUACCUGUUAAGUUUCUAUUUUACCAGCUACAGUAAUCAGACUCCUGAGCAUUCUUGUUUUAUCCAUAAUCUGCUUCACUCCCUCCACCACCCAAUUUUGAAGCAAAUACCAGACAUCAUUACAUAUGUAGUAUUUUUAUAUGUAUCUCUGUAAAAUAAGUGUUCUUACACACAAACACACAUACACACACAACCAUAGUACCAGCGUCAUACAUAAAUUGGUAAUUACUUAGUAUUAAAUAUCCAAUUGGUGCUCAGAUUUCCCCCACUGGCUCAAGUUUCACAGCUGGCUUGUUCACAUUGAGAUCCAAAUAAGAUCUGUACAUUUCA